UUUUGAUUUGGCUUUUGAUCCAUCGAAUCUGACUUCCAUUUUCUAGAUAUUUUUCCCAUUGCGAUGGCCGCGGUUUUUAAGAAGAAGAUAGAGUCCGAAUCUUCGGGGCAAGUGGUGAAUCCAUGGGAAGUCUUCGUCCAAGACGGCGAGAAAAUCGACUACGACAAGCUUAUAGAAAAGUUUGGCUGCCAGAGGAUCGACUUGUCACUAAUUAAUCGUGUUCAAAGACUGACUUGUCUUCAACCACACGUAUUCCUACGCCGUGGUGUCUUCUUCGCCCACCGGGAUUUCAAUGAGAUUCUGGACGCGUAUGAGAGAGGACACAAGUUCUAUCUCUACACUGGAAGAGGACCUUCAUCAGAAGCUUUGCAUUUGGGACAUUUGAUUCCUUUCUUGUUUACCAAAUACUUUCAAGAAGCUUUCAAGGUUCCCCUUGUUAUACAGCUCACAGAUGAUGAAAAAUGCAUGUGGAAGAACUUAUCGGUAGAGGAAAGCCAAAGACUUGCCAGGGAAAAUGCGAAAGAUAUAAUUGCUUGUGGAUUCGAUGUAACAAAGACAUUAAUUUUCUCGGACUUCGACUAUGUUGGCGGUGCUUUCUAUAAAAAUAUGGUGAAGGUUGCAAAGUGCGUUACACUUAAUAAGGCUAAGGGAAUUUUUGGCUUUUCCGGUGAAGAUCAUAUCGGAAAACUCAGUUUCCCUGCGGUGCAGGCAGUUCCAUCUUUUCCUAGCUCUUUCCCACAUUUGUUCCCUGGGAUGGACAAUCUCCGUUGCUUGGUUCCUUGUGCAAUUGACCAGGAUCCUUAUUUUAGAAUGACUCGUGAUGUUGCACCUCGGUUAGGCUAUAGCAAGCCUGCUCUAAUUGAGUCAUCAUUUUUUCCUGCUCUGCAGGGAAACAAUGGAAAGAUGUCUGCUAGUGAUCCAAAUUCCGCUAUAUAUGUAACUGAUACCACGGAGGACAUUAAAAACAAGAUAAAAAGAUAUGCCCUUAGUGGUGGGAAAGACACCUUGGAGAAGCAAAAAUCUCUCGGAGCAAAUUUGGAGGUAGACAUUUCGGUUAAGUAUUUGAGUUUCUUCCUAGAAGAUGAUUUUGAACUUGAACACAUUAGAAAGGAGUAUGGAGAAGGAAGAAUGCAAACUGGGGGAGUAAAGAAUCGACUCACUGAAGUGUUGACACAAAUGGUGGAGAGACACCGCAAAGCUCGAGCUGCCAUUACCGAUGAGAUGGUGGAUGCAUUCAUGGCCGUGAGACCUCUCCCAAGCAUGUUCGAGUAGGACCUAGAAACCCUUCUGGCAGCUCCUCGCAACUUCAGAGCGUUGUUUCAUUUUCUCUUCACAUGGAAUUAGAUAUCUUUGCAUCUAUAAUUGUUUCAAAAAUAUAAUUUGAUCCUUGCAUUUAAAUUAUACUAGGUGAUACA